AUGACUGAUCAGUUAGGAAGAGUGACUGAACAGUUAGGGAGAAUGACUGAUCAGUUAGGAAGAAUGACUGAACAGUUAGAGAGAAUGACUGAUCAGUUAGGAAGAAUGACUGAACAGUUUGGAAGGAUGACUGAUCGGUUAGAGAGAAUGACUGAUCAGUUAGAGAGAAUGACUGAACAGUUAGAGAGAAUGACUGAUCAGUUAGAGAGAAUGACUGAACAGUUAGAGAGAAUGACUGAUCAGUUAGGGAGAAUGACUGAUCUGUUAGGAAGAGUGACUGAUCAGUUAGGGAGAAUGACUGAUCAGUUAGGGAGAAUGACUGAUCUGUUAGGAAGAGUGACUGAACAGUUAGAGAGAAUGACUGAUCAGUUAGGAAGAGUGACUGAUCAGUUAGGGAGAAUGACUGAUCAGUUAGAGAGAAUGACUGAUCAGUUAGAGAGAAUGAUUGAUCAGUUAGAGAGAAUGACUGAUCAGUUAGGGAGAAUGACUGAUCUGUUAGGAAGAAUGACUGAUCAGUUAGGAAGAGUGACUGAUCAGUUAGAGAGAAUGACUGAUCAGUUAGGGAGAAUGACUGAUCAGUUAGGGAGAAUGACUGAUCUGUUAGGAAGAGUGACUGAUCAGUUAGAGAGAAUGACUGAUCAGUUAGGAAGAAUGACUGAUCUGUUAGGAAGAGUGACUGAACAGUUUGGAAGGAUGACUGAACAGUUAGGAAGGAUGACUGAUCGGUUAGCUGAUAAUUUAAGAGAGGGGAAAUGA